UAUCAAUUUAUCAUCAGUUCAGAAAUGAAACAGAUCUCAGUUUCCCCAAAUUCCCCUUCUCUGAAUCCCAGCCAGUCUCCGAGCUGAUCCCCUCCCUCCCUCCCUCUGGCCAAUCUCGCUGCCGAGCGCCCCAGCCCCCGAGCUCGGUCGCUCGUCUUCCCCCUCGCGCGGGCGCCGCCGCCGCAGGUUGAUCUUCCUCCCUUUCGAUUCUUUCGCUCCCGGCCGUUUCUCCUCCCAUCACCCCACGAACGGAUUCCGCCCUUGACUUUAGCUCCCCGCUUCAUCUCCUUGAUCUUCUCCAAUUCGUAACUGAGGCAAAAAUCGAGGCAGGGCGGCCCUCCGCCCGUGCGCCGUAUGGAGACGGUCAAGGAAGCAGUCCAUGGAUGCAAGUUUGCUGAUGAGACUACCAGUGAUGUCCGCGUUUGCUUCAAGCGGGCCGAUGAGCAGCCAGAAUGGUUCCCCUGCCACUCCUCUGUCCUUUCCGGCAGCAGCAAGUACUUCGCGGACUUGCUCGGUCAAGGUGAUAUCCCUUCUAGCAUUGAGGUUGAGUGCCCAAGAGCUGAGUAUGGCAGCUAUGUCAAGGUCUUGAAGUUACUGUAUCUCCCUAGCGAAUCCAUCUUAGAAUCAUUCGGCUCCGUUAAGUCGGCUGUCGGCGUUCUUCGAGCAUCGACCACUCUCAGAUGUGAGCACAUUACCAGACUCUGUAUCGAAUACCUUGAAUCUGCUUCCUGGGAUGAAAAAGAGGAGGAAGAGAUUUUGGAAGCUGCUCGGAGCUUGGGCUCGGAGGGUGUACCUUUGUUAGCCCGUUUGCAAGCUCCCAGUACAGACACUGUCAAGAAUGUUUUCGUCUCUGCCAUGCGUUUCGCGACGUCCUUGGAGAGUCCAUUCCCUCCUUUCUUGGGUGACCUCACUACUUCUGCUCAAGAGCAAAUAGACUUCAUGCUCCACGAGGGUGAUGACCCUGCCUUGGUUACGAUGGAUGAAGAUGUGAGGUCUGUGGUGCGGGAAGGUUUGACCAAACUGUUGUCCACCCUUAGGGCUGGACUAGAUCUCUUGGCCUCGGAGUUUGAUGAAUUGCCUGAACAAGCGGAGCAAAGGAUCAUGCGUAGCUUAGUUGAUAUUGACUGGAUGGCCACUGUCCUGACAAAGAUUGAGAUGAUGAACGAGUUUGUUUCUGGCUGGUCAGAAAUCUCAUGCCUUGUUAUCUCAGUGGUUCAGGACAAGAAGUAUAGCUCGGGUCUAUGGGCUGUGAAAGCAAAGCUUAUAGAAGUGACUGGAAAGGCCUUGGAUGCUGUUGGCUAUGGAUCGGUGAUUAUCCCGUCAACAUCCAGAGUUCAUCUUCUGAAGACAUGGAUUCCAUAUAUUCGAACAACAAAACAUUUGCUUGAUGGCAAGACGGAAGACGAAGCGUUUCCUCAGAUGGAUGCAGACUUCUGUCAGAAUAUUGAGAGUGCAAUGGUCUCGAUGGUGUUAGCAUUGCCAUCAAGUGACCAGUCAGAUAUCUUGUCGGAGUGGAUGAUGAAUGCAGAUCAGUUCAGGUAUCCUGACCUCACUGAGGCAUUUGAGAUGUGGUGCUACCGCAGUAAAACAGCAAUUAGACGGCUGAAGGGAGGAGGGCUAAAUAAGGCUCGCAACCCCACUAUCAGCUUGUGAGGCUACCAUUAAUUUAGUCAUUUUGUUGUACAUUGUAAGAGUGGAAUCGGCUGGUUGUUACCAGGUAUAUACCAGCCAAUUUUAUCAUUGUUGUAUGUUGCAAAACAAUUGCCCUGUUUAAUAUACUUCAGUUCUCCUGCAGUAUGUUCAUUACCUUGUCCAAAA